AUGUUGUUCUUUCUUCUCCUUCUUUUAUUUGUUUCCUUGAUUUUCUUGUUUAGGUCAACAAGAAAACUCCCAUACCCACCAGGUCCAAAAGGGUUACCUAUUGUCGGUAACAUGCUAAUGUUGGACCAGCUCACGCACCGAGGGCUGGCCCAACUUGGCAAACUAUAUGGCGGUCUUGUCCAUCUCCAAAUAGGCGUGCUACAUAUCAUGGCUGUAUCAACCCCUGAAAUGGCACGCGAAAUCCUCCAAGCCCAAGACAGUGUCUUUGCUAAUCGGCCCGCCAAUGUUACAAUUGCCUACUUGACAUACGACCGAGCCGACAUGGCGUUUGCCAACUACGGCCCUUUUUGGCGUCGCAUGCGUAAAAUUUGUGUCAUGAAUAUAUUUAGCCGAAAACGGGCCGAAUCAUGGGCCUCGGUACGUGAGGAAAUCGAUGAAACUGUUCGGACUGUGGCGGAAAAAGUUGGUUCACCAGUAAACAUUGGGGAGUUGGUUUUCGCCCUCACACGAAACAUUACCUACCGAGCUGCGUUUGGCUCAAAAUCGCAUGAAGGGCAAGACGAAUUUAUGAAGAUUUUGCAAGAAUUUUCAAAGCUUUUUGGAGCAUUCAAUAUGCAAGAUUUCCUACCAUGGUUGGGUUGGAUGCAUGGACAAGCAUUCCAAAAUAGAAUGGCCAAAGCUCGCAAAUCGUUAGAUGUGUUCAUCGAUAAGAUUAUCGAUGACCACAUGACUAAGAAGACUACUAAGGAAAAUGGCAUUGAGGCUGAGACAGAUAUGGUGGAUGAAUUACUCGCUUUUAUUAGAAAUGAUGCUUCAAUGGACAUUGAUGACUCCAAUUCUGGCUUUGCCCUCACCAGAGAUAAUAUCAAGGCGCUCGUAAUGGAUGUCAUGUUUGGUGGAACUGAAACAGUUGCGUCAGUAAUCGAAUGGACCCUUGCAGAGCUUAUGAAGAGUCCACAAGAUCUCAUAAAGGUUCAACAAGAGCUCGUUGAUGUUGUAGGGUUGAACCGUAGAGUGCAAGAAACCGACCUGGAAAACCUAACCUACCUCAAAUGUGCAGUCAAGGAAGCCCUCCGUCUCCACCCACCAAUCCCUCUCCUCCUCCACGAGGCCGCCGAGGACGGCGUCGUGGCCGGGUACUCAUUCCCCGCAGGAUCACGGGUCUACAUCAACGCGUGGGCGAUAGGGCGUGACCCUUCUGCAUGGGACGAGCCUGACAAGUUCAAACCCUCAAGGUUUCUGAAAGAUGGCUCCCCGGAUUUCAAAGGGAAUGACUUCGAGUUCAUCCCAUUCGGGUCCGGCAGGAGGUCUUGUCCGGGCAUGGCGCUAGGGCUUUAUGGGUUGGAGAUGGCUGUGGCUCAUCUGCUUCAUUGUUUUACGUGGGAGUUGCCGGAUGGGAUGAAGGCUAGUGAGCUUGACAUGAACGACGUGUUUGGAUUGACUGCACCAAGAGCUGUUCAGCUCGUUGCUGUGCCACACUACAGGUUGAACUGCCCGCUUUGA